AAUUUCAACAUGGCGCCCGGUAGUUUGAAGUGUGUGUGUGUGAAAGUGCAGUGAAAUUAUGUUAAUAAAUAGUGUUUUUAGUGAUAAUUUUAGUUUAUAAGUGAUAUGUGUAUGGUUUAAUGCAGUGGUUUCCCUAUCAUGGCAUUGGAUUUACGCCUGCAUUCUCCUGCAGGCGCGGAACCUGUUGUUUAUACAUGGCCUCUUACUUCAGGUCAUGGUUCGGACAAACACGAUGGGGCCCUGGAGAUAGUUGAAACAAUAAAGUGGGUGUGCGACGACCUCCCAGAGAUGAAGGCGGCUCUGGAAAACAACAUCCUAUGCAACUACGACACCCACUCUUAUGAUAGUAUGCGGGCUUUAUGCGACAGAUUCAAUCGCGCCAUAGAUUCUGUUGUUGCCUUGGAAAAAGGAACAUCACUGCCAACUCAACGUUUAAAUAAAUAUCCUUCAAGAGGAUUACUCAAACACAUUUUACAGCAGACAUACAACCAAGCAGUUGCUGAUCCUGAUAAACUUAAUCAAUAUGAACCUUUCUCGCCCGAGGUGUAUGGGGAGACGUCGUUUGAGUUAGUAUGUCAAAUGAUAGACCAAAUAGACAUCACGGCAGAAGAUGUUUUCGUAGACUUGGGUUCAGGUGUAGGUCAAGUAGUGCUGCAGAUGGCGGCAGCGACUCCGUGUCGCAUAUGUUUUGGUGUAGAAAAGGCUGAAGUUCCUAGCAAGUAUGCGGAAAAUAUGGAUUUAAAUUUUCGGAUGUGGAUGCGUUGGUAUGGGAAGAAGUAUGGAGAAUAUAAAUUAAUAAAGGGUGAUUUUCUGAUGGAUGAACAUAGAGAGAAAAUUAAUGCAGCUACAAUUGUGUUUGUAAAUAACUUUGCAUUUGGCCCUAAUGUUGAUCAUCAGUUAAAGGAAAGGUUCGCCGACUUGAAAGACGGAGCAAAGAUAGUAUCGUCAAAAAGUUUUUGUCCCUUAAACUUCAGGAUAACGGAUAGAAAUUUAAGUGACAUUGGGACCAUCAUGCAUGUCAGCGAGAUGUCUCCGCUGAAAGGAUCUGUCUCAUGGACGGGGAAGCCAGUAUCUUACUAUUUACAUAUUAUAGAUAGGACCAAAUUGGAGAGAUAUUUCCAAAGACUGAAAAAUCCGAAACUCAAGGUCAGCAAAAGGGGUUCGCAUAAUGGUUGCGAAGAAGGUGAGAGCAGUAAACGAAAUUUUAGCGCUCCACCAACCAGGCAACCUACUCCAGACUUGCUCAAUGGGAACAGCAAUCAUAGCACUGGUUCUCUGCCAGAACGUAGAAGAAAAGUAGCACGAGCGCGACCUAUUCGAGGUGACAAUGGUCGCACUCGUGCACGUGCGGCUGUGGCCAAGAGGCGUGCCGCUCGACAGUCCACUGACGAAGAAACAGAGGAAGAGUCGAGUGGCACUGACGAUGCACCUCCUGGCCCGGAACCGGCACCGCGCGAGUGGGGAGCGCCUUGGGCGUCCUCGUCGGAUUCCAAUCGCAGCAGGCGUUCGACUAGCAAACGCAGCGCGAGCGCCGGCGGUGUACGGCGGCGGGCCGCUCGUGCUAAACGGCGUCGCGCUGCACCCGCCGCAAUCGCUGGUCUAGAUCUGCUGCACUCAACAACACUAGCAUCGACUGUAAGGAACGGCGCCGUGACGGCUCCACCUCCGGGUUGUGUGGAACAACGGCUGUCAGCGUUAGGUGUUCAACUGCAGCCGGCGGACAGAUUACACUCGGAACUAGACAUCCCGCGCUCUCCGCAUACACCAUAUAGUCUACAACUGCUACUCGAUAUGUUCCGCGACCAGUAUCUCGCCUUCAUACAUCGCAUGAACACACCCGAGUACGCCAUAGACAUACGCCAGCAGAUUGAUAAGGAGAAGGUCAGUUAUAUUAUACCACUAUCUUAA